CUUUUCUGAAACGUUUCCUCUAACUAAAACCCCACCUGCUUUUUUCAUCUGCAGUUUCCGCGUCUCACUCUCCACUGGACAAAAAAGGAAACGAGAUUUCAGAGGAGAAUUCUUGAAAGGGGAAACAAGGAGGAGUCAAGGGGGGUUCUUUACUGUUUUUUGUUUUUUUUUUUUUUGCUUAGCUUCGGAGAUGGGGAUUUUAGCUCCAGUCUCCUCCUGGAUUCCAGAAGAUGACCUUUUGUUGAAGAACGCCAUUGAGGCUGGUGCCUCCUUAGAAUCUCUUGCCAAAAGUGCAGUGCAAUUCUCCUGAAAAUUCACUUUUUGGGAACUGCAAAAUCAGUGGUAUUCUCUUCUUUAUGAUCCAGUUAUUUCUGAGGAGGCUUCAUCUCACAUGAAUGACUUUGAACGGUCUUCUUCAGCUACUACAUCAAAAUUCAAUAGAUCAGGCAAUUCAAAGGAAAACAAAAAUUUGUCUGGGAAGAGAAAAUCCGAGAGUGUCCGUACCUGCUACUAUGCUUUGCGUAAAAGAAUUUGCAAUGAGCCCAUUAACUCAUUGGAUCUGGGCUUCCUUUUUGCACCUGGCGAAAACAAUUAGUCUGGAAAUGGAGAUGAAUCUGGAAACUAUAUGCUAGGAGAAGCAAUCUCUAACCAUUUGGGAUUUCAAGAAACAAAUUUGGAUCCCAUGCAUUGUGCCUUCCCACAAGUUUUAGCUAAUGGUGAUGCUGCAACUGGCCAUAACGGCACUGCCCAUGUCUUUCAUACAACAAUGCAUAACCAAAUUGAAGGUAAUUUUUCAGCUCAGGCAGUUAAUAUACAAGGAGAUAUGCUUCAUAUGGUUGGGGAGAACAGUACUCUUGACCGGAAUGGCUCUGGCAUUGAGGACUCUGGCAACAGAGGGGACUUGCCUGUGCACAACCUGUUUCAAGCUGAUGAUUUAAUGAUGAAAUCUAUAUCUACGUUUGAUCAAAUUAACAGUGGCACAGUCAAUGUCUGUUCUGAGUUUGAAGAGAACCAAGUUUUCAACUCACCAAUUGCAGAAUGUGAUGCAUCAUUCCAAAAUUUGGAGUACCCAUCCCCACUUCCUGAUAUGUCAAUCUGGAAAGAUGAAGGUUUGUCAGCUUCUGUGCUAACUGUCAAUGAGUGCCUUAGAGAAGAAGAUGCAUGUGCACAAGACAGAUGUAUACUCCCUGAUGUCAGUGGUGCUAACAACAGUGCAUCAGGACAUACUAUUGGCAACACAGUGUCUGAGUUAAACUCAGAGAUGCUAUGUGAUCAAAUUAAAGAUCAAACUGCAAGCACAGAAGGUUAUCUGGUGGAAAUAACCAAUACUCUUUUAAAUGAUGAGCCGUUUUUCAUAGAUGUUGAUGGAAAAGAUCUGAUGGAGAAGUCUUACUAUGAUGAUCUGAGCUCACUUCUGUUAAGUUCACCAAAUGGUAAUCACAACCACAUUCCUGAAAUAACUGAACAGGAGAUAACACAAAAUGAUCAACCAAAUGUACCUGUUGCAUGCCCUGGGGAGUUGGACAACAAUGGGGGUUCUUGUAUUGGAGGUGGGAAUGUAGGUUUCAGUUCAGAGGUCCAGUUGGCAACAUCUACAUCAGCUUCAAACAGUCAACCACCUGAGAUGACUGAUGGUGUCAUUUGUUGCACAUUGAACAUUGAGGAUAUAGAAAUUCCAUGCAAUGAUGAUAUUAUUUUCCCCAGUGAGCUGCCAACAGUUUCAGGUUCAUCAGCACAACAGAGUUUCAAAGAAGCUGGUGAUCCAUCAUCUGCAUCUGUUAAGCAUUCAUCUGGCAGUCAAAAAACUACUGAAAGAGGCUCAGUCCUGAAGCAGAGAGAUCAAAAAGGCUUUAGACAACCUCAUGCUGCUUCUCAAGUAAUAGGAUCAAAGAUGAAACUAGAAAAGGGCCAACAUCAUGUGAUUGGUAAUUGCAAGGUUAAACCUGAGGACUCGUCACGUUUAGCAUCUAAAAGUGUAUGCUUUUCUCGUGGUGAUUCAACUAAAAUUGAUUAUGUAGAUGGUAUCAUAGACACCAUUCAACCUUCAAUGUUGAAGGAUGGAAGCAAGGAAAACAUUCUGCAAAAUCAUCUCAACCAUAAUUUGGCUGAAUCUUUGAUGGAGAAGCCAGCAGUUGCCUCUAAUGGCCAUAAUAGUUAUCUGCAGUCAAAUGCUAACUGUAUUAAACAGGAAUUUGAUGCUUCUGAAGCAAGUCAAGAUCACCAAGCCUCAGAAGCCCAAGUCAAGAUCACCAAGCCUCAGAAGCCGAACCUGUGGAUAUAAUUUCUACACCAGUAGUUGAACCUUCAACAGAUUUAGAAGAGUUACCCCUUCUAAGUGAUGAUGAUGAUGUACCUUAUUUUUCAGAUAUUGAGGCAAUGGUGCUCAAUAUGGAUUUGGAUCCAGAAGACCACAAUUUAUAUGAUCAGGAAGUUGCAAGGUAUCAGCAUGAGGACACUAAAAGGGGAAUUAUAAGGCUGGAGCAGUGUGCCUGUUCUUACAUGCAAAGGGUCAUUGCAUCUCAUGGAGCAUUCGCCAUAUUGUAUGGCCGCCAUUCAAAACAUUAUAUCAAAAAACCUGAGGUCUUGCUUGGUAGAGCAACAGAAGAUUUUUCUGUUGACAUUGACUUGGGUAGAGAAGGACGGCCUAAUAAAGUAUCUCGACGACAGAUAAGGAAUACGCCAUUCAUCUUCGAGAUAAACCAAACUUGUGUUAAAUGGUAUUUGGAUGGUAAUAUUGCGUAGUAGACGGCCAUCCGAGAGAUUCAGAAGGUGCUCGUUUUUUCUGCGCUUUCUGGGUUCCUUCUGUGAAAAAAAAAAAAGACAACCCAUUAGCUCUAGCGGUAUGAGAAGGGGCAUCAGUAAAUGUCUUCCGGUUUUCCUGUGCAAUAGGAAAUUUUUUUCUUACGUUAGAAUAAAAAAUGUGAGAUGCACCCUUAUGUUAUCUUUUUCAUUUAAUUUUUACAUGCAAUGAUUAAUUUCAGCUCGAUGAUAUAAAUAUAUA